UACAGAGCAGAGGAAGCGGCAUUGUUUGUGGCCGCCUGUCCCAAUCGGUCCAAAUAUUUUUGUCCAAAUCGACAGCCAAAAUGUCAGCAUCGCGGACAGCAAUGCGCACACAGUACGUUAUUAUUCAGAGGGCACAAUAGCCACAUACAAGUGCAUGUACCCUAAAUCUGUGGGCAUCGAUAAAGUCCAACAAACUUGGCGUUGUACUGCUAUAGAAGAAAGAAACAAUCAAUGGACAUGGUGGAAUCCCUCCUCUCGUCGUAUCACCUAUUGGAAAUGGAUAAGCUGGAAUGCCCAAGAAUUGUUUUGCGGAUCUCCAGACCAGCCUCUAGACAUAACCCCCACAAGCACGGAGGAGCACGCAACCGCAAAGACAACUAGUAUUUUCACAACAGAAACUUCGUUCACGUUCGGCCAUAACGAGUUCGACUUUAUUGACUUUACAGACCCGCAACAAACAACGCAACCUUACAUAAUCACCGGCAUUUGCGGCGCGGUGGCAUUUGUCUUGAUUGCCCUUCUUCUUGGUGUUUGCUAUCAGAACAGAGUCAUAUUUGGUAAGAGAUACCGUGAUAAUGCCGACUGCGUUAGUCAACGUUCAUUGGCUCCCAUAAUGGAAGCGCAAACAAACUGUUACCAAAGUAACGAAGAAAAUUCUAAUUAUGUCAAUAUCAUACCGAUUAAAGUAAACAGCGAGGCCAUUUACACCGAAGUGGAAACCGGGAAGGUUGGUCAUGACAAAAAAAUAGACACCAAAGUUAAAUAUACCGUUCAUGAAGACCAGCUACAAACAGUUUAUGCUGAAAUACAUCACCCAAAAUAGUCGUCCCAUACCAAUGUCGAAGAGAAUGAAUUUUUUUUAAGUGUGACCUAAUAUUGUCUC